AUGGGUGCAGUCCUGCGAAAUGUUACUUUCACGGAGGCUAGCUAUGAAUCAUUUAUCGACCUGCAAGACAAAUUGCACCAGAACUUGGCACGUCAGCGCACACUCUCCUCCAUUGGCACCCACGAUUUAGAUACGGUGAAGGGGCCUUUCAGAUACGUCGCUAGAAAACCAGAAGAAAUCAAAUUCGUGGCGUUGAAGCAGGAGAAAGAAAUGAGCGCGCCGGAAUUGUUGGAAAUGUACGAAAAGGACUCGUUUAUGAAGCAAUAUGUGCCGAUUAUCAAGAAUAAGGAGCGAUACCCACUCAUUUUGGAUAGCAACUCAACUAUUUGCUCGUUACCUCCAAUUAUCAAUGGCGAGCACUCGAAAAUCACGCUUUCCACAAAGAACGUUUUCAUUGAAGUAACUGGAACCGACUGGGCAAAGACAAACAUCGUUUUGGAUACAAUCGUUACCAUGUUCUCCGAAUACUGCGCUGCGCCCUUCAAAAUCGAGCCCGUCGAGAUCGAAUAUUUCAACGGAAAGAAAGAAAUUACUCCGACGCUCAAAUAUGAAAACGAAAAGAUUAUCUCACGAAUUCCGCCAACGAGACACGACAUUUUGCACCCCUGUGAUAUCAUGGAAGAUGUUGCCGUGGCUUAUGAUUUCAACAAGCUUGUAAUGACCAUGCCGCCAACAAACACAGUAGCAAAGCAGCUGCCCAUCAAUAAAUUGUGCGAUUUGUUGCGCGUAGACGUUGCUGCUGCCGGCUUCUGCGAGGCGCUUACAUUCGCGCUUGUUUCACGCGCUGAUCUCGGCGAGAAAAUGGGCUUCGACAAGCUUCCAGCUGAGGCGGUCACCGUAUCCAAUCCUAAAACCGCGGAGUUCCAAGUUUGCCGAACAGGUCUUCUCCCUGGGCUUCUGAAAACGACACAAGCCAACAGAAAACUCCCGCUACCGUUGAAACUCUUUGAAAUUUCUGAUGUAGUUUUGAAAGACGACUCGACGCAUACCGGCUGUAGAAACGAACGACACAUGUCAGCACUGUGCUACUCAAAUUCUAGCGGGUUUGAAGUUAUUCAUGGAUUGCUGGAUCGAGUGAUGGAACUCCUGGAAGCUCCUCCUUGCGAACCAGGCUCUGCAGAUGGUUAUUAUAUUAAAAAGGGAUCGUCGCCGACUUACUUUCAAGUCUGUGCAGAUAUUUACUUGUGGAACGAAAAAAUUGGACAAAUGGGUGUUAUCCAUCCCAACACUUUGAAGGCUUUCGAAUUGCCCAAUCCUGUCAGUGCUUUUGAGAUUAAUCUCGAGCCAUUCCUGUAA